CCUCCUCCUUCAGAGUGUUCACCUCAUUCUUUAAUGUAGGUUGCUGUCCUUAACUCAAGCUCAAAAGCUCAGGACCGUCCAAACAAAACACCAUCGUCAAAGACAGAAGACAAAAAAAAAUUACAGGACAAUGAAGAUGAUUACACAACUUUAGCAAUUAGUAAAACGAACCAAAUGAAUCCAAAUAAUGAUAUUCAGCCAGAAAAUAGUUGAUAUUUUUUGUGUGGCAUUAUUGAAUCUGAUCUGAUUGUUGAAUUAAUGAUUAUUUAAAUUUUAUAUUCACUCGAGAUUGAUUUAAUAAAAUGAUUUUGUUUGUUAAAUUUGUUCAUUUCUUUGUUGCUUUAUGCAUUUUAUAUUUCUAAUAAUUUUACUUUUCCUAAAAUUAUAUUUUUUCAAGCAUUUUGCUCCCAUGAUUUUUGCUAGGGAGCCUUAUCUUUUACAUCUGCUUGCGGGUAGUGAGACUAUAACGGCUUUGGAUGCGGCAAAAAGUUUACUUGACUCAGGAUACAAUGAUCCUAAUGAACGAGAACCGACUGAUAAUAUUUCUCCUUUGCAUGUGGCUGCGGCGUGGGAUAAUUUGGCUAUGUGUCAAUUGUUGAUUCACUAUGGAGCUGAUAUAAACGCUCGCGACAUUGAUAAGCGCCGACCAGUGGAUGUUGCUGAUAAACAAUGUAAACAAUUUUUACUGCGUUUACACAAGAGGAGGAGAACAGAUAAAAGCAAAUUUCGCAAGGUCUUGUCUUAUCUUUUUCGAGGAAUUUGUGCAAGUUCAUCAGCUGCAAAUAAAUCUGUACUUAUUGACAGUCCUAGAAAGGACGUUGCGACGUCACGAAAAUCUUGUAUAGCUAAUAUUCACACAGACGACCAAAAGGACAAAAGAAUAAAGUAUCCUACUACCAUUUUUGUAAGACCGAUGCCUUCAGCUCCUAGACGUACAUCUAGUCUAAUAAACGAGGAAUUUCUUACUUCUGACAACACUGACGAUGGGAGAGAGAUCGAAAAUAAAAUAAAUGAAGAUGAAAAUAAGCCCCAAGUAAAUGAAAAUGAGUUAAAAGAAAAUGGUGAGAAAAGCCAAGAACAAGAAAACAAAGAAGACGAGGAAGAAAUUGAAGAAGGAUUUGAAGUUCUUGAUCCCGCAGAAGAAGCUGCAUUUAAAAAACAAAUGGAGCAAGAAGAAGAGCUUUGUAAACAAUUUUCUGCUUUAAAAUUGGAUGAUUUGAAGGCGAGGUUGCGCUGUAAAAAUUUUAAAACUGGGCCAAUGGAUGCGCGAAAUAGAAAGGUUUAUGAGGCAAAAUUAGCGAAACUUGAGGUUAGGCCUUUAAAAGAAAAUGGAGAUCGAGUUUCUAUAAGAAAUUACUGCCCUGUACUUCAAAAAUUCAUUUUAAAUGUUGAACGUGGAAAUUCUGGUGAUAAUCAAAAAAUUGGACAAGCGGAGGAACUCAUUUUACGAAAUCACUUUACCCAAUCUACUCCUAAACAAGAGGUCUCCUUCUUUUGUUAUUUACUUAUUGAUCCAUCUAAAUUGACGCAGUCUGAAAAUUUGUCAUUUCGUCAAUUUAUCUCCUCGAUUUUUUACGUUGGAAAAGGAAAACGUUCUCGUCCAUUGCAACAUUUAAUUCAUGCAAGUAAAUGCAGAAAUUUUGCCAAAACAAGGCCUACUCAAAGAACAGAAAAAUUAAAACGAAUUUUGCAAUUAUGGGAUCGUGGAGAAGGCGUUAUUUCGAUGCAUUUAUUUCAUAACAUACACUCUGCUGAAGCUUUUAUUCGUGAAGGAGCGAUGAUCGAGGCAAUAGGGACAAGUAAUUUAACAAAUAUUGUUCGCGGCACUUUCCCAGAAAUUGCUUCAAAUUGGACAAGACAACAAAUAACUGAAUUUGGUUCUCUUCUUUUACAUAAGGCUUUUGUUAUUUUCUUAAAUGAGCGAUGCCGACCAAUUUUUGAGGCUGAUAUUAACGAAAUGGAUGGACGUUGGUGAUACUAUUGGAAGCUUAAAUGAAUCGUUUCUAUGAACAGGAAAACAUUUCUUUUGCCAGUUUAUCUCAUCAAUCUUUU